AUGGAUCCUUACACAUUGUAUUACCAUUACGAUGGGAAGGUUGAGCACAAGAUUGUUGAUAGAGAGAAGUUCAGUUAUUUUGAGUUACUAUGCGACAUCUACAGUACGGUGUUGUCACAUAUUCCAGAUGGGAGGUCUAUCAAGUUCACUUGUCAAGCUAUGCUGCCUGAUAGUAGGGUUAUGAUUGAUAUAUGGAACGAUGACACACUCAUGCAAGUGUUGUCUAUUUUUGAAGAGUUGAGGGUUCUUAUGGUGUAUGUGUCAAAUGUGAAGCAGUUUGACAAUGGUUUUGGUGGUCAUACCAUUAAUGACUAUCCAUUCAAAGUUGUUGGUAGAGAUCUUCUAAGCAGAAGACAGAGGAAUGAAGUGCAGCCUCCUAGCAUUGGAAUUGGAUCAUUUGUUCAUUAUGAAAGUGGCAGAACUGGUGCAUCCAACAUGGGAUCAAGCGAAGAUGGUAGUGGUAUAAUCCCCGGGAUAAUUUCAAGUCAUAGUGAGAAAGGAAAAUCUAUUGUAGAUGUGGUAGAGGUGAUAGAUGAGGCAAAUGAUGUGACUAAUACAUACUCAGGUGGAUGUGAGUAUGGUAUGUCUGACUCGGAAGAUGAAGACUGGAAAAUGCAAAGUGAUGAUGGCUUUAAAGAUAUUAGUAAAAGUGGAAGUGAAGAAGAGGUGCACUUUGAAGAUGGGGAUGGCUCUGAAGGUGAUGAAGCAUCUAUUGGAACUGAUGACUUAUCAGAUUAUGACUCCGAUGAGUUCCAUGCACCACAAGUCCGUAGGGCAAGAAGUGUUUUUGAUGUUGAAGGAAAAGUCCAACUAGAGGAUGGUAUGAUAUUUGAUGAUGUGGACCAUUUUAGGAGAGAAUUGAAAGAUUAUGCAAUCCAAGAGGGUUUUCAUCUUCAGAGAAUAAAAAAUGAGAGGACAAGGGUAACUGUUAUUUGUGCUGAUGAUGGUUGUCAGUGGAGAAUUCAUGCAUCACCGACUGAAGAUAAAAUCACUUUUAUGAUAAAGUCUUUUAAUCCUCAGCAUACUUGUUCUCAAAGAAAAGACAAAAACCCGGAUGCAACAUCAAGAUGGAUUGCUAACAAACUUGGUCCACAACUCAAAGCAGAUCCUGAGUUGUCUACUAAUAGUAUUAGAGCCAUGUUAUGGAAGGAUUAUAAGAUUCAACCAAGUUACAGUCAGAUUUGGAGGGCACGUCUUCUUGCAAAAGAAGUAAAUGAGGGUAGCCAUGCCAAGUCGUAUUCCAAGCUUCCAAGGUAUGGAGAGAUGGUUAGGCAAACCAAUCCAGGUUCAAUGUUUAAUCUUCAAUUCAUUUCAAGAACUAACAUGGCCGACAAUCCAGUGUUUAAAAGGUGUUUUGUUUGUUAUGAAGCAAGCAAAAGAGGGUUUCUUAAUGGUUGUAGGCCAUUUAUUGGGUUGGAUGGAUGCCAUCUGAAGGGAAAGUUUGGAGGGACACUAUUGGCAGCUAUUUCUGUUGACGGGAACAAUGGAUUAUUUCCACUUGCCUAUGCUGUUGUUGAAUCUGAGUGCAAAGACAGUUGGCUGUGGUUCCUUCAGAAUCUGUAUACUGCAUUGUAUUCUACAUCAGAUGACAUGGGGUAUUUAACUUUCAUGUCAGAUAAGCAAAAGGGGUUAACUGAUGCAAUUAAGGAGGUUUUCCCUGAAUCACAUACAAGGCAUUGCAGUAGGCAUUUGUAUGCAAAUUUCAGGAAAGAUUAUAAAGGUGAGAAGCUAAAAGCUUUAUUUUGGACUGCAUCAAGGGCUUACAGAGAAAUUGAGUGGACAAAGGCAAUGGCUGAGAUCAAGAGUAUAAAUCAAAAAGCAUAUGAUUUUCUGAUGGAAAACCAGCCUAGUUCAUGGUCAAGAUGGGCAUUUAAUCACCAAACAAAAAGUGAUCACAUAACUAACAACAUGACAGAGUCCUUCAAUAACUGGGUAGGCCCGUAUAGAGACAAACCCAUCCUAUAUUUGAUUGAUCAAGUGCGGAUAAGUUUGAUGGAUAAAUUACAUAAGAGGUUUGAGCAAGCUUGUUCUUACAAGGGGACUUUGACACCAAAGAUUAAGAAGAGAAUGGAUGUGAUCCACCAGCAAUCAAGAUCUUGUGUGGCCCUAUCAGCAGGAUAUAAUGAAUUUGAGGUGAACAAUGGCACAUCAAGAUUUGUGGUAAACUUGAAUACUCGAAAAUGUGGGUGUCAAGUAUGGGAGGCUACCGGGCUGCCAUGUAGACAUGCAGCUUGCUGUAUUACAUUUAAGAGGGAAAACCUAUCAGAUUACUGUGAUAGUUUUUAUUUUCUAGGGAAAUAUCUACAAGCCUAUGAGAACAUGAUACACCCACUUCCUGACAUAUCAGAGUUGGAAGAAACAAGUAGUAUGGGAGUGGUGGAGCCUCCACCUCUGAGAAGGCACCCAGGCAGACCCAAAAAAGUUAGAAAAAAGGAGGAUGGUGAACCAGCAGGAAGUGAGUACAGAAAGAAGUCUACAUCAGUAAGAUGUGAUAAGUGUGGGCUUCAGGGUCAUAACAGGAGAACAUGUAAAGGGGGUCAAAUUAGGAGGAAAAGGGCAAGGAAAAGCAGUACUGUGAAGGAGAGUCGAAAUGUGGGGGCUAGUGAAGCUGAAGUCAAUGUCUCUCAGCGGACAAGAUCACAUAAUGCAUCAACUGCAUUGAAUGAUAGUGUUCAAGCAAGGAAAAGAGCGAAAGCGACAGCAGCUCGGGCAAGAAGACGUGAAAAGGAGGCAAUGCAGAAGCCAAACAAGAAUUGA